AUGGCUGUCCACACGUCUUUUCCCUCUGCCAGGGGAUCGGCGAUGUUUCAGAGGCUGCCCAUGAAUGAAGAGCCUGGGUGCGUGAACAAAGACGUGGAGCAGAGCCCAGCCAACCCGUGUCGGGCAAGGAGACACCGAGUCGUUACCAUUAUCCCAAAGAAGGACCCCCAGGAGGAUGAGAGUAUUAUUGCUGUACAUCUAAAGUCAAGGGGCCGGCAGUCAGACCAGAUGCCUGCCCCCAGUCCAUCUGCCAGGGCUGCGGUCACACUAUUGCUAGCUAUGAGGUUCAGUUGCCAGAACCAUUUGGAGUCAAAUUAUGGAGCUAAGAAGUUAUCUCCAGAAAAUGAUAUUUACGAAAUAAAUUUGCCCAAACAGAGUAUAACGCAAAUAAGUAAAACUCCUGGCCUCAAGGCCUCCAAUUGUAGAAAUGACUCAAAAAGCAGAAAUAGAUUUAGGGGACGACAGAGACAUCAAGAGGGGUAUAUCAGUCAAAAGAUAAUAAGCUAUGAAAAAAUGCAUACUUAUACUCAUCAUAUUUCUCUUAUUCACAAUACAGAUAAGCCAUAUGAAUGUAAGGAGUGUGGGAAGUACUUUAGUCGUGGUUCAAAUCUUAUUCAGCAUCAGAGUAUUCAUACGGGAGAGAAACCCUACAAAUGUAAGGAAUGUGGGAAGGCCUUUAGACUUCUUAUCCAGCUUACUCGCCAUCAGAAAUUUCAUAGUGGUGAAAAACCCUUUAAAUGUAAGCAAUGUGGGAAAGCUUUUAGUCUUCCCACCCAGCUCAAUCGCCAUGAGAACAUUCAUACAGGUGAGAAACCAUUUGAGUGUAAGGAAUGCGGUAAGUCCUUUAAUCGUAGCUCAAACCUUGUUCAACAUCAGAGUAUUCAUGCUGGCGUGAAACCCUAUGAAUGUAAAGAGUGUGGGAAAGGCUUUAAUCGUGGUUCAAACCUUAUUCAGCACCAGAAAAUUCAUUCUAGUGAGAAAUCCUUUGAGUGUAAGGAGUGUGGGAAGGCCUUUUGUCUUCCAGUAGAGCUUGCUAGACAUCAGAACAUUCAUACUGGUGAGAAACCAUUUACAUGUAAGGAAUGUGGCAAGGCCUUCAGUCGUGGCUCGAAUCUUGUCCAACAUCAGAGUAUUCAUACUGGUGAGAAACCCUACGGAUGUAAGGAGUGUGGAAAGGCUUUUAGACUUCACCUACAACUUUCUCGACAUCAGAAAACGCAUACUGGUGAAAAACCAUUUGAAUGUAAAGAAUGCGGGACAGCCUUCCAAUAUCAGUACCAACUUAUUGAGCAUCAGCGAAUUCACACAGGUGUGAAACCUUAUGAAUGUAAGGAAUGUGGGAAAUUGUUUCGUCGUGGUUCAAACCUCAUUCAACAUCGGAGUGUUCAUACUGGAAAGAAACCUUUUGAAUGUAAGGAAUGUGGGAAGGCCUUUAGACUCCAUAUACAACUUAUUCGACAUGAGAAAUUUCAUACCGGUGAGAAGCCCUUUGAAUGUGGAAAAUGUGGAAAAGCCUUUAGUCUUCUCACCCAGCUUCAUCGGCAUGAGAACAUUCAUACAGGUGAGAAACCAUUUGAAUGUAAAGAAUGUGGGAAGUCCUUUAAUCGUGUCUCAAACCUUGUUCAACAUCAGAGUAUUCAUGCUGGCGUGAAACCCUAUGAAUGUAAAGAGUGUGGGAAGGGCUUUAAUCGUGGUUCAAACCUUAUUCAGCAUCAGAAAAUUCAUUCUAGUGAGAAACCCUUUGAGUGUAAGGAGUGCGGGAAGGCCUUUAGGUAUCAUUACCGACUUAUUGAACAUCAUAGAAUGCAUACUGGGGAGAAACCCUUUGAAUGUAAAGAAUGUGGGAAGGCCUUUACUCUUCUGACACAGCUUACUCGACAUCGGAACAUUCAUACUGGUGAGAAACCAUUUAAAUGUAAGGAAUGUGGCAAGGCCUUCAAUCGUGGUUCAAAUCUUGUUCAACAUCAGAGUAUUCAUACUGGCGAGAAACCCUAUGGAUGCAAGGAGUGUGGAAAGGCUUUUAGACUUCACCUACAACUUUCUCGACAUCAGAAAACGCACACUGGUGAGAAACCAUUUGAGUGUAAGGAAUGUGGGGCAGCCUUUAGACAUCAAUACCAAGUUAUUGAACAUCAGCGAAUUCAUACAGGUGUGAAACCCUAUGAAUGUAAGGAAUGUGCAAAGAGCUUUAGUCGUGGUACAGACCUUAGAGUACAUCAGAGAAUUCACACUGGUGAGAAACCCUUUGAAUGUAAGGAAUGUGGGAAGGCCUUUCGACAUCAUUAUCAGUUUCUUGGACAUUCCAGAAUUCAUACUGGUGAGAACCCCUAUGAAUGUAAGGAAUGUGGGAAAUGCUUUAUUUGCAGUAGUGAACUUAGAGUACAUCAGAGAAUUCAUACUGGUGAGAAACCAUAUCAGUGUAAGGAAUGUGGGAAGGCCUUCAGUCGUAGCUCAAACCUUAUUCAACAUGUUAAAAUUCAUACUGGUGAGAAGCCCUAUGAAUGUAAGGAAUGUAAAAAGGCCUUUAGCAAUAAUUAUGAACUUACUGUACAUCAGAGAAUUCAUACUGGUGAGAAACCUUAUGAAUGUAAGGAAUGUGGGAAAACUUUUAGACUUAGUUCAGUCUUUACUGCCCAUCAGAGAAUUCAUACAGGUAUGAAACCCUAUGAAUGUAAAGAAUGUGGAAAGAGCUUUAGUUGUAGCUCAAACCUUAUUCAACAUGAGAGGAUUCAUACUGGUGAAAAACCUUAUGAAUGUAAGGAAUGUGGGAAGGCCUUUAGACUUAGGUCAGUGUUUAUUGCCCAUCAGAGAAUUCAUACAGGUCUGAAACCCUAUGAGUGUAAAGAAUGUGGGAAAGCCUUUACUGUGACUGGUCAGCUGACCCGACAUCAGAAAAUUCAUAAUCGUCAGAAGUCCUAUGAAUAUAAGGAAUGCGGGAAAAAAACCUUCCCUGGUUAUGAACAGCUUACUCAUCAUCAGAGAGUUCACAGUGGCAAGAAAUCCUAUGGAUAUAAAAGAAUGUGGGAAGACCUUCCAUCAUGGACUGAGAUUUGCUCAACAGCACAGUAUUCCUACUGGUGA